CUCCUUUUUAUUUCUUUAUCAUUUAUAUCUAAACUAAAUGUCAACUUUUGUUCCACAGCUAAAAAGAGAAAACGCUUUUCUUGGUGAUCCUUUAAAAGAUAAUUUCUGCGCUAUCUGUAACCAUGACGAAGGAGCGGAUUCUUGGUGUAAUGUGACCUGUCACUGCUCAAGAAAAAUCAAGUACGCCCAUAGAAACUGUCUCUUGAGUAUGAGUACAUGCAUUAGAUGUAACUCUUCUUUUGUAAAGAUACCAGAGCGCCCAUCCUCUAAAAAGCCAACACCAACAAUGAGACAAUGUUACUUGAGUAAGCAUAUACUCUAUACGGCUUGGAUGAAUACUUAAACUUUUGUAUAGAAUACACCCUUAUUUUGUUUGCACUUUUGUAUAUGAUACUACUCGCUUAUGACCUAAUGAACUGUACAAGUAUUCAGACCAUUUAUGCCCAUGAACUGCCAGAGACAGACAUUGUCGAUAGACCAGACUAUAU